CCCUAGAACGGAGUUGUGCGUUCUGGGUGGCCUUGGUCUAGGCUAUCUGCGGGCGAUCAUGGGACGGUUUUGAAUAGAAACAGAUAAGCAACGACGCGUGGCUGAAGUACCCGUCCUGCCUCUGCAAGCAGCGAUGGACAUGGGCCUGCCGGAGCUGCGGCCGGCGCACGUGCAGCCGCUGCUGCCGCGCACGCGCCACUUCCACACCCACCAUGGCUCUAACAUCAUCCUCUGCGACGACAACACGGCCGCCUACCGCAAGGCCAGCUUCGCCAACGCCAUCACCUUCAGCCAGCGCGCGCUGAUGCCGGGCGAGAUCUUCUGCGUCGAGAUUGAGAAGACGGAGCCGGGGUGGAGCGGCCACCUGCGGCUGGGGCUGACGCAGCUGGACCCGGACCGGCGCUUCCCGCUGCCGUCGUACGGUCUGCCAGACCUGGUCAGCCUGCGCGGCUCGUGGCUGGUGGCCGUCAACAAGCCGGCCGAGGCGGCGCCGCCCGGCGCCGGCGGCGUGCUGCCGACGGACGUGGGCUCGCGGCUCGGCGUCAUGUACGUGCUGCGCCGCGGCGCCGCGCUGGCCGACCUGCACCUGAUCGUCAACGGCGAUGACCAAGGCGCCGUACAGAAGGACAUUCCGUUUGGCUGCGGCCCGCUGUACGCCGUGGUGGACGUGUACGGCUCCACCAAGCAGAUCCGGAUCGUGCAGUUGUAUGGCGUGCAGUCCCUGAUGAGCUCCUGCCGCGAGGUGAUUCUGCAGCACAUGGUGGGUAGCAGCGUCUCCCAGCUGCCGCUGCCGCCGGCGCUCAAGAACUUCAUCGCCUUCAAGAGCUGAGACCCGCCGCCCGCGGCGCGUCUCUGGUCCGGCCCCGGCGACCUCAGGUCGGCGCCCGCGACCUCGGGCCAGCACUUGUUGACCUCAGGCCAGCACUUGGUGACCUUGGGUCAGCACCUGGUGACCUCGGGUCUGCGCCCGCGAUCUCAGGUCAGCAUUUGAUGACCUCAGGUCGGUGUCCGGCACUUCAGGUCGGCGACUGCGACCUCAGGUCAGCAUCUGGUGACUAGGUCGGCGCCCGGGACCUCAGGUCGUCGCCCGCGACCUCAGGCCGGCGCCCGCGACCUCAGGCCGGCGCCCGCGACCUCAGGCCGACACCUGGAGACCCCGGGUCAGCACCCGUUGACCCGUGCUCAGUGCCGCGAGGGAGGAGCACGAGCCGGUCGCCACCACCCCACGUUGGCGGACACGCUGCUGCGGCUGCUGCGAGGGGCCGCUUUAGCCACGUGCUCGACUCGCGCUGGGGCACAGGGAAACGCGGUAUCGGUUCGGGGACGGAGCUGUGCUGUCGGACGCUGCUGCCAGGCGCGGGACGGAGAAUGCCGCGGUUUUGGAGGCCGUCUAGGAUGACGUCUGCAGAUGCCGCCGUCGCCUGUGGGUCAGCCCGUGACCCUGCCUAGCUCCGGUCUGGCGAGGGCCGGGCGGACCGCGGCUGAGGACGUAUGUAUGCGAGUGACGCGUACACUGGAGGGUGUGGAGCGUGUGGUUUUGCUGUGAUCCGCCUGUGCGUUGUCUGUUUGUUGUGAUUGGUUAGUGCGUGGGCGCGGGUGCCCCACUGUCCUGGUGCGGGCGAAGCUUAUUGGGCGCGUGGGACCGCUGCUUGUUGGAUUUCUGUGUAGCUUUCCGUAGGGCUGGUCUGUUGACAGCCGCGAGGAGGUGUUCGUGAUAUUACGCGACUGUGAAUGGAACCGGUGCAGCUACUUGUGACGGGGUGCUCCUUUCAGCGGUAUUUCUGCCGGUGACUGCAAAACUGUGCACACGGCUGAAAUCCCAAAAGCCUGUGCUCUGUUUGUGACUGAGGGGCUGGGCGUUGGUCUGUGCGUUCGCUGCCAACUUGUCCGGCAUGUACCAACUGUGGGAAGCAGCCAUUGUACCGCUCUCAGCCGUCGGCCCAGAAGCCGCGAGCCCAGCUGAGGGGGAUGGACCGGAGAGCGUCGCGCCGCAGCGUGCGCGCGACGCGGGCAAGACUGUGAUAUGGAGGUACCUGAGUGUGUCGCACCGCUGGACGGAAGAUGGCGCUGUCUGCAGGAAGCCGCUUGCCGCGUGCCCGCACCGGGGCGCGGUGGUAGGCCCAAUUCCGGCCACGCAGCCCGCGGCUGCGUGGAGCGCCGGGCGAGGAAUAUCGGUGCCCCGUGGCUACGGUGCGUGUGCUUUCCGUUCGUGUGCGUUUGGCAUGCUCUCUGGCGACAGUUCGGAGUGUAGUCCGAGGUGUGCGUUUGGCAUGCUUUCUGGCGACAGUUCGGAGUGUAGUCCGAGGUGUGCGUUUGGCAUGCUUUCUGGCGACAGUUCGGAGUGUAGUCCGAGGUGUGCGUUUGGCAUGCUUUCUGGCGACAGUUCGGAGUGUAGUCCGAGGUGUGCGUUUGGCAUGCUUUUUGGCGACAGUUCGGAGUGUAGUCGGGGAACGCCGGGCGGUACGCGCCGACCGCCUGUUGGGUGCGUUCACGCCAAACCGUCUAUCUGAAGAUCAUAUUCUUUGACUUAUUGGUCUGAGCAUGGCUCUGAUCCAGCCAAUGUUCCCUGCCAGCGUCUAUCACGGUUAGCCUGCCUGCUAUAUGCGUAUUCGCUUCGAUAUUCGAUCCUGCUAUCGUGCCCCAGCUAAUUGCCGUCGUUGUGCUUCGAUAUUCAUGCAUCGCGACCCUGUGCGCUGGUAGCUAGCUCUCUUCAGCAUAAUCCUGUUUUGAUGUACGAUUGCGAGACUUGUUGCUGGGCGGUGAUUUCGUCGCCGACGGUGUGUGGCAAUUGAUCCAUCAGCGUCUGCUCGUGAAUACAGCCGUCGCGCGAAGAGUGGCGUUCGACCUCUGACGUAGUUCUCGAAUAUCCGUGGUGUGACCUUGGAAAUGCGAGCACGGCGGGCAGCACAUCUUGCAGACCACAACACUCCACUGGGACUCGAUGCGCUUUUCACGCCCA